CAGGCCACUGUAUACAAUGCUCGUUACUCGAUAAUAAUUUCCUGUUUGAAAAUUGUUAUCUGCUGGUCGGGUCUUCUGUCUUCAUGUUAUUAGCUUACCCGUGGUUUUUUGUUUUAUGAACUUGAAGUGAGAAGGAGUGGUUAUGUGGAAUGUCGCUCUUUAGUAUUAUCGUCAAUACUACAAGUUAAUUUGUUCGCGAUACGGUGUGAUAUUUUUUUUUUCAACAGUGAAUUUUCGGUACGGUUGCUGCAUCAGCAAUAAUGUCAAAUGAUACGCUGGACAGUAAAUACAAGAUUCGCCUUUGUCACAUCUUGAAAUGCGACAAUUUCGACGGCUACGGAUUCAACUUGCACUCGGAAAAAGGCAAACCCGGACAAUAUAUUGGAAAAGUAGACGAAGGAUCUCCGGCCGAAUCAGCAGGAUUAAAAGAAGGCGAUCGUAUAAUCGAAGUGAACGGUGUCAAUAUAUCGAACGAGAAUCACAAACAAGUCGUCCAAAGGAUUAAAAGCGUACCAGAUGAAACUAAACUAUUAGUCGUAGACAGCGAAGCUGAUAAUUAUUUUAAAUCAAAAAAUAUCAUCAUUAAAAGCAAUCACGAAAGUGUUAUUUACCUACGUACGACCAGCUCCAAAGUAUCUUAUUUAAAUGGUAAAAAUAAUAACGAUUCGCAAUCGCCUCCUAUAUCUGGCAAAAAUGGAUCGUAUUUCGAUAUAGAGAAUAACGGUGAAAAAACUUCUUCCAAAGGUAGCAGUACUGCUACGACGCCAUCUAGUGAUAGGAAAACCAGCCAAGGCUCAAGCCCCGAACCCCAUCUUGAUUUUAAUGAGAUUGACAACAAACACGCGAUGGAUAAUCAUAGGAUAAUAGAUAACAAUAAAUUGAAUUUAAAUAUGACGGCUAAAGAAUUACGAGCGCAGUUAGCAUCCCGUAAAAAAUAUGAUCCGAAAAAAGACUGUUUAGAUUUCAAGAAGAAAUACGACAUCGUUCAAAAAUUGUGAAAACAUCUUAAUCGAUUAAGUAAGCAGAAAAAAAACAAAAAUAAAUGAAAAAAAUCGAGAAUAUUUAUAACUAUAGUGUAUAAGUUACGGUAUUUAGUUAUUAAAUUAUGCAAAAAAUUGUGUUUUUUUUUCAGCGGUAAAAAUAUUACCUACCUACCUUCUUUUCUUUCUUAAUUGAAUUAAAACAAAAUGUGUUAGUAAUUUUAAGCGUACUUACGUAGGUACUUUUUUUCCUCUUUUAUUAUUCUUUUUUUUUUUUUUUUUUUUUUUGUGAAAUAUUACAGGGUAAUUGAGAUUUUACAAAAGUGAGAUGACUUUUGAACUAAACUUUUUUGUACUUAUAGAAUUUGGUUGUAGAUUUUUUUCUUUCUUUCCAAGUGAAACAUAAUACUCUUUGUGCCUUUUUUUUUCUCGCUCAUAUUUCUCCCUUCCCAGUGAACAUAAAGUUAUCAGUGAAAUCAAAAUAAAUUUAAGAGUAAAAAAUUAGAGGCACCUUUUCCUUCGAAAGGCAUUAAAUAAUUUUUAUACAUCUGCGACAGUAUUAUAUGUACUACCUGUACGUUUAUAUAUCUAUGUAUGUGUCAAGUUGUAAACAUUCCGAGUAGCAUUUAUUUCUAUGUUACAUGUUCUUGUGUUUUUAUUUUAUUUUAUUUAUUUUUUAUUUUAUAGAUGUUUAUACAUACCUUUAUCUUCGAGUUUUAACGUGUACGAGCUUUUUUUUUAAUUUUUUUUUCUCGUGUAGAUUUUUAUGUUAUCUGUUUGUACUACAUGAAGUGAGUAUCGUGGAUGAGACUUCAAUGUACUGUACAUUAUACGUAGACGUACAAAAAAAAUAGGAAAAUUGAGAAGGGGUAAGGGGUGAGGGAGUGGAGAAAUCAGGGUAACAUCAAACGGGGUAACAAGCCGAACAAAUUACUGAAAUUUUCUACCCCUUCUCUUGAAUGAGAUUUCAUUCAUUUCAAUUUUACUUUUUGAAGCUUUUUUUUUUUAGAAAAAUUGUUCAAAAUUAGCAAGAAUCAAACUGAUGAAAUAUCAGCAAUAAAUUCAAUACGUUAAUCCGUGUUAUGUUCACCUUUGAAAACUUGGACAAAAGAUGUUGAACUCUUCAUUAGAACAGCAGACUUUGACAAAUUUAUGAUCCCUUUUUGGCUAGAAUAUAUCAGAACUGUCCACACAGUGCAUAGUCAAUAUUAUAGUCUUGUUCUGGAGGCUCAGGCCCAUUGUUUCAUUUCCAAGCACUCUACAAAGUAGGUAGCUAUAAGUUGUUGAACGCAUCUCCGAGCAUUGUCUAUUUGUGUUUUGACUUCUUCAAGAACUCUGCCACUAUUGUUUAGAUUUUCAUUAGAGCUCCUCAAUACUGGAAUUUAUUCAAAUUUUCUAUUCCUUGUGACCGGGUCUUGAUUAUCACUGUUUUAUCAAUUAUAGCCAUUCUUUGUGAACUUUACAACUUUUGUUUUACCUACAUUUAUUUUCAUUCCAUAUAUCAAUUUUGGGCUCUGUUUAUUCUGCCAGUCAUUUUCUGCAUCUCCCACAUAGCGUACUUUUGGAUUGCAGCACAAAUUGCUUUGUUGUCUGCCUAAUUUAUCCCAUUUAUUCUUUUACUAUUUUGAGCCUUAUAUUAUUUUCAAUUCACACUUCUGACAUGAUUUCUUCUGCAUACCUAUAUCAUGAUCAUCGAGUCAUACCACCACUCAAGAGGGUAUCACGUACAAAUCAACGUGUACCCUUAUGCCGAAUUGGGUAUUUGGGCUAACAUCCUUUAUGUUGGUGUUGCCUCUAUCGUGUUGAUUACGCAUCUCAAGGAAAUUUAUUUUUGAGCUUUCACUAGUAGUUUCCCACUUGCUUACUAGUGACAUCUACACAAGCACCUUGGAGCUAGCCGGGUUGUUAGAACCUGAGCUCCUCAGUGUUGACCUCUAUAGACGCUGAAACCAGUUUUAGCUUUUUGAUUCUGCUAACAGAUGGCGUGCACAAUCCGUUUACUCGGCUAAUUACUGCCCCCCCCCCCAAUACUUGACGUGUAAUGUUGAUAAAUGCAUGUAAGAUUUUUAAAUUGCACGCUCAAGCUUGCCUCUGUAGCUUGAUUUGAACCAGAUACUUUGUUAACUGAGGUCUGUGGCUCUACCUACCAUGCUAGUGUCGAUGUACGCAGGACCUGUGGUUUAGCUUCCCAUCUACUGCCUACCAGGGUUGCAUUCACUUUGGCUGUCAAAAUUGAUUAUACCCAAAUUCAUUAGGUAUAAACAAAGCAUUAGCCAUUUUACCUCAGGAAACAAAAAUAUUGUUGGUUGUCUUAUGUCGUCAAAUGAAUGAAAUACAUACCAAACAUACCUAUGCAUUUCAUUCAGAGAAAUUUGUCUAUUAUUAAUUUAUUAGCCAAUUACUUUUCCAAUUUCCCGAAGCAAAAUAAUUAAUUUGUGCAUCAUACAGUUUGUUUAUACAUAAUGAAAUUGGAUAUACCUGAUUUUGACACCCAAAGAGAACUGGGAUAGUUGGUGUGAUUUAGUGCAGUGUUUCUCUAUUUUAUGUUGAGCUGUCUCCAGGUCUCACAGUUUCACAGGUGGAACAAGCAAGUUUUUGUCUUGGGAAAAACAUGUAAUCAACCAAACAGGUUUUUUCAAAAAAAAAAAAAAAAGAAGAAGAAGAAGAUAGAUUCAAUUGGGUUGACCCACAGCUUUCUGAACAAGAGGUUGUGGGUUCAAAUCCCGCUACCGCUAGAGAUGCUGGCGUUAAAGUGUAAUGUAUACAUUGUAGUGCAUUUAACAUCUAUUACAGGUUAAGCUUCGAGCACCAGAACAGCAGAGGCAACAGAAAUGCACGCAAUCGGUUGCCGGUAUCAAAAAGCUGUAACUGGUUGAGCAACUAUAGGUAGCGGUGAUUAUGGAACUCAGGGUUGUAAAAACCUGGCUAGUGAUGUAUAAACUACUACAUGAAAGCUCAAAACAACGUCAAUUCCCUAGAAUAAUCGCAGUGGCAAUAGGCAUAGGCAUUCGCCUCACCCUGUUGGGGUACCACAAAAAUGUGAUUUCCAAUGUCCUUUAAAGGACAAGGAACCACAACAAAACAACGUAUGAUACAGUCCAUAUGUGCCCACAGGUGUAUACCUAUAACACAUGGUUGUAAGCUGUCCAAUAAUGGGGAACCCCCCCCAAAAAAAAUGUGGGUGAUUUUUGAUUUAUUUUCUGAAAUGUGUGAUUCUCCUCCAGUCACAACCAACCAAAUGGGCCCUGUGCUAGCUGAACACCACAAAUGUUGCUUGGAUGUAUCUGAUUGAGCACAGCCCAUAUAUAGAACACUUUUAGGGAGUGGAGACAUCCCUGCCUCACCAUUCUCUCUAUAUUACACUCACUGUCCAAAUACUCUGAUCUGAUCUUUAUAUUUGCUCAUUGAUUCCAGCACAAGUUCUUGAUUAUUUGCAGAUCUUUGCCAUCAACAUUAUAUUUCUUCAGUAUCUCAACAUUAUUUCAUACCCAUGUAGUUCACACUAUCAAUUUAUUUUCCAUUAUCUGCAAAGUAUGCUAGAAUUUCCCUAUUGGCAUUAAGUGUCUUCUAAAUUACCACUUUCAGCAAGGCAGUUGCAUCUCUGAUUCCUGUUUUUGACACAUAACCACUACGGGUUCCACUGAGGUUUUCAUCCUGUUUCCUCACAAUUCUGACAUUGAUGAUGGAUAUGACUCAAUAAUCAUAAUGAGAUGGUUCUGUACUCAGAGCAAUUCUAUUGAAUUGUACUUCUUGGGUAUUGGUUAUUGGUAUAAAAUUCACAGCUUUGAAGUUCUCAGGCAAUGUUUCCUUAUCAGUCUUCUGGCGCUGUUUAUCACCUUGAAGGCAAUUCUGUGUACAUCCAUUUGAAAAAAAAAAAAAAAAAAACUUAAUUUUGUGAUCACUGAUGAUUCUGAUGUGCCAAGAACCAAGAACAGUUUGAGAAGUCCUGAUCAGCCUAGUGUUAGUUUCAUGCAUCUUCUCAUGUGCAGUUUUUCUGCAUCCAGAUGCAAAUUCUUGAUUUCCAGGCACAUUAGAAUCUAAUCAGUGAUACACAAAAUUGAUUUUUUCCAAACAUACCCACAGAAAAUGGAUUUUUUUCAAAUAGGUAGGUAUAGAUUCUCUUCCACAGCUUUGUGGUUUCUGGCUCUUUUGAUUGCAUCUUGCUUCCUGUAAUUUCAACAUAUGAGUGAAUCUUGACCAGUGGUACCAAAAGUUGAUCAUCCUAAAUAUAGGUACUUAGGUAGUUUCAUAUGAUCUUGGAGGUCAAUCAAAUUUUGGCACCAUAAAUAAAAUUUGUUUCUAUUUUUGAAAUUUGACAAUCUACCUGCCUUGAAGGGUCAACUAAAAUGUCAAUUUCUUCAACUCCUCGAAUAUAAAAAAAUGAAAAAGUCUGAUGCAUCGCCAAUUUUAUCGCUACUAACAAGUCAUCGACGUUUCUUUGCUGGGCUACCUAUGUAUUUGAAGAUGAACCACACACUCUGCUACCAUAUUGAAAAUUCCCUAAAUCUGUCAACCCAUAAAAGCUCCAUCUAAAACAAAAAAAGUCUCAUCCUCGAUACUCCCUUCGUAUUGCUAAUUUUACCCAGCGAUUUAGUAUAACGAAUUAUCAUUCGUAGAUGACCACUGUCAUUACUGUUUCAAAAGGUCGAGCAUAUGCACCGAGAUGUGCCUAACUAUUAUUCUUGCGAAUUUUUUGUAUUUUUUUUCCUAGUUUUAAUUUUUUUUUCUCGUGUACUAUGUCGUGUUUUAUGUAGUAAAUCAUUAAUUUACAUAGAAUGUUGGCCGAUUGUUUCGUCGUUAAUUAAAGCGGUCGAGAUAUCAAAUGGUAACCUUGGCAAGAGUGCGUGGCUGCGUGUUUUGUUUGGCGGGAAAAUUUCAUUCAUCCAAAUCGCCAACAUCGGUUGACGAUCAUGUUCCUUGGUCUGAACUCGUCGUGUGUAUGUGUUUACCAAAUUUAUUGUAUUUUUUUCUUUCUUUCUUCAAUUCUUUUUUUUUUUUUAGAAUAUCGAUUGAAGCUUACGAUGUUGUAUAAUUAUAAAAAAAUAUACAUUUUUUUGUUCUUUGUUA